AUGUCAACUAGAAAAUAUGAAUCGGGUUAUUCGAAACUUAAAAAAAGGAGAAGAGUUGAAGCAUUGAUUGAAUCACAAAAGGGGGCUAUGGAUAAAUUUGUUAAAACAAACAACGUGAAUGAACAAGUUAAUAAUGUAAACCAGGAUGAAAAUGAAAAUCGAGAAGAGGUAGUUGUCGUACAAGUUAACAAUAUAGAUGAUAAUGAUCCUCAUGUAAACCAGGAUGAAAAUGAAAACCGAGAAGAGGUAGUUGUCGAACUAGUUAACAAUAUAAAUGAUAAUGAUCCUAGUGAAAAUAGGCAAGAUUCUAUUGAUUCUGACACUCAUGAAAACAGGGAAGAAGUAUUAGAAGAACCAUCUCAAAAAAAUAUAUAUGACCCAAGUCAAUGGACAACUAUUGACACAAAUUUGAGAGAUUUAUUAGUAGAGAAUGGCCCUGUAAAAGUUACUGAUAUUGAUUUUCCUAGAGAUGCAUAUGCUAGACGUUUUUGUUCAUCACUUUACCUUCAACAUAUGUCCAAUGGAGAAAAGCAUGAAAGAAGAUGGUUGGUUUAUUCUCAAAAUUUGGAUAAAGUGUUUUGCUUUUGUUGUAAAUUAUUUAAAACUCUUCCUAGUACAAGUAAAUUAGCACAUGAAGGUAGUAAUGAUUGGAGAAAUAAUAGUGCUAAGUUGAAGAGUCAUGAGAUGGGUAAUGAGCAUAUUGUUAAUAUGAGUUCAUGGAUUGAUUUAGAAAUGAGAUUAUUAAAAAUAAAACAAUUGACAAGCAUGUUCAAGAAAGAAUUAAUAGAGAAAGAGAACACUGGAGAAAUUUAUUAUAUAGAAUCAUUGCGGUUGUUAAGGCUCUCGGGAAAAAUAACUUAG